AUGUCAAUUAUUCACGCAGUUAUUUGCAGAGGCAAGGAAACAACAUUAGUCGAAUAUACUACAGCAUCUGGUACAUUCCCUUAAAUCGCCAGAGAAUUAUUGAAAGUUGUCGACACAGAAACUAAAUAGUUUAUUCCAUACAAUGAUAAAUACGUCUUCCAUUACAUCAACGAAAACGACUUUACUUACAUGUGUUUAACUGAUGCUCACUUUUCUAAAAAGAAUUCUUUUGGUUUUUUGACUGACCUUAAAGAAAGAUUCUUAAAUACCUUCACCUACGACUAAAGAAUGGGCGCAAUUAACUAUUCCUUAAACAAUGCAUUCGCAGAAACUAUUAAGAAACUUAUGAAUCAAUACAGCAGCGACUUAGAAGAUGAUAAAUUGACUUAGUUAAAGCAUUAAAUUAAUGACUUAAAGAAUAUAACAGCCGCAAAUAUUGAUAAUUUAAUACAAAGAUCAAACCGUAUCGAAUUGCUAGUUAGGACCACUUCCUCUAUGAACGUUACUGCCAACAACAUGAAAUAACAAGCUGGACAAAUUAGAAGAGAAACUUAUUUAAGAAGCAUUAGAGUAAAAUUAAUAGUUGGAGCUGCUGCCGCCAUUGGUACUCUCGGGUUCAUAUUUCUCGUUUGA